CGGGCGCGCGUGGGCGCGAGCUGGCCCCGGGCUCAACCAUGAGGACUCUCCGCAGGUUGAAGUUCAUGAGUUCGCCCAGCCUCAGUGACCUGGGCAAGAGAGAGCCGGCCGCCGCCGCCGCGGACGAGCGGGGCACGCAGCAGCGCCGGGCCUGCGCCAACGCCACCUGGAACAGCAUCCACAACGGGGUGAUCGCCGUCUUCCAGCGCAAGGGGCUGCCCGACCAGGAGCUCUUCAGCCUCAACGAGGGUGUCCGGCAGCUGCUGAAGACGGAGCUGGGGCCCUUCUUCACGGAGUACCUGCAGAACCAGCUGCUGACCAAAGGCAUGGUCAUCCUUCGGGACAAGAUCCGCUUCUACGAGGGACAGAAGCUGCUGGACUCGCUGGCGGAGACCUGGGACUUCUUCUUCAGUGACGUGCUGCCCACGCUGCAGGCCAUCUUCUACCCCGUGCAGGGCAAGGAGCCGUCCGUGCGCCAGCUGGCCCUGCUACACUUCCGCGACACCAUCGCCCUCAGCGUGAAGCUGGAGGACGCGCUGGGCCGCGCCCACGCCCGCGUGCCGCCCGCCGUGGUGCAGAUGCUGCUGGUGCUGCAGGGCGUCCACGAGUCCAAGGGAGUGACAGAGGACUACCUGCGCCUGGAGACGCUGAUCCAGAAGGUGGUGUCACCCUACCUGGGCACCUAUGGGCUCUACUCCAGCGAGGGACCCUGCGCCCACACGUGCAUCCUGGAGAAGCGGCUGCUGCGACGCUCGCGCUCGGGGGACGUCCUGGCCAAGAACCCGGUGGUGCGCUCCAAGAGCUACAACACGCCGCUGCUGAACCCUGUGGCCGAGCACGAGGCGGAGGGCGCGGCAGCCGGCGGCACCAGCCUCCGCCGGCACUCGGUGUCCGGGAUGACGUCGUGCCCCGACUCGCCUGGCCCCACCGCCACCUUCCCGCCCUCCCCGGCCCCGCACUCGGGCCCCUGCCCUGGCAGACUGCACCCCGCCGAGCCCGGCUCGCCUCCCACCUCCAGCCCCGAGACCCUGGUGGACCAGAUCCUGGAGUCCGUGGACUCGGAUUCCGAAGGGAUCUUCAUUGACUUCGGCCGGGGCGGGGACUCCGGCCGGCCCGGCCUCGAGGGGCCGGGGGGCCGGCAGAGCGUCGUGUGAGGCUGUGGGUUUGUUUACCGAGCCCGGUGUGCACAUGCACCUGCGGUGGGCGUGCCGGACUUUUUUUUUUUUUUUUAACUGCGCCGUCCUCCCCAGCCCAUGGUGGCCACUUCGUCUCUUGUCACUGCCUUGGUCACUUUACAUCCCCAAGUCCGCCUUGGAGACCCUGCGCCGCCCCUGCCCCCACCCCUGCCCAGGUCUGUGUCGGGGGCGUCCAAGUUGGCGCCGCCCCGGUGAACCGGUCAGCUCCCUGGAGGGGGUGGGGAUUGGCCACUCGCCACCACCCACCGCCCGGCAUCUGCAGCCCCCUGCAGAAGGGGAAGUGGCCAGGCCCCGCCUUCCACUCCCCUGGCCCUGACCACAGCUGUCCGGGGCUCCCCAGGAGCCUGCCCUCCCUGCCUGGGGUGGCCGAGGGGCAGGACGGGCUGGGUCAAACUCAACCCACUCCCUGCCCCCCACUGGCGUCUGCUGGCCCCGGGCCCCCCGACAUCUGUCCCUGCUGGUGGCUUUCAGCACCGGGUUGUCCGCCCCUCCUGACGGAGGCCACAGAGUUCUAAGGGUUGGCCCCUGGGAAUGGGGUGGGCACUCACGGGGUCCGGCCGACUCUGCCCCUGGCGCUGGCAGGGACGGAACCGCUGAAGCCUGCCUGACCCGCGUGGGGCGGGGUCGACCAGCUGGCAGCACCAGCUCCAGCAGGGGUCCCGAGCCUGACUCCCGGGGGUCUCCCCUGCUGGCAGCAGCCAGUGGGGCUGAGGGAAGCCCUGUGGGGUGGCUGCAGGCUGGGGGCAGCGAGGGCCACACCUGGGCCAGACUUCCAGAGCUCCCUUUUCAAGGGCAGGGGAGCGAGGUCUGAAGAGGGGAUGGGUGUGGGGUCUCGGGUGGCGUCUGUUGCACCUGCUGACCCCAGCCCAGCACCUGGACCUGUGGGAAAGGGGCGCCCCCUGAGCGAGUAAAGGACCCCUGGGCACGGUGGCCAGGGCGGGAGGUGGGCACUCCUCCUGAUGCCUGAGGCCCUCCUGGGAAAGCUGGGGGCAGGGGAGGCUGAGACGGGCCCGGCCCACGCCCAGCACCUGAGGUUUGCAGGGGGAGUGCGGUUGGAUGAUUGACAGUGGAGCUGUCAACAUCCCCCGGAGUGCUCCACCCCUCGCUCCUCAAGUGCGGGAUCCCGGGCUCUGCAGACCCUCAGCCCACAUUUGCAGAUGCCCGGGUUCUUGUGAGAAGCAGCGGGGGGCCGGGCAGAGGCUCCAGAGUGAGCCACGCCCCUCAGUCAAGUCAUCGUGACCAGAACCUGCCCCUGCCCGCGGGAGGAGACGCGGGGUCUCAGGAGGACCCCGGGAGUGGAAGGAGCCUUACUGGGGUGGCCAGGGGCCCGGCGGGCUAGGCUGCCCCUUGGGACGCCUGUAUCCCACUGGAGAGCCCAGCCGUUCCACUUCACCCGCUCCCUGCUGGUGCGCCCGGCGGGCAGCAGGGGUGGCUCCUGGGCUUGUCCCUGCUGCCCGCAUGGGAAACCCGGCUGGGCCUCUGGGGACUGAAGCAGCAGGUGGAAGGUCUGCCCUUUUCAAAUAAACAAACCUUAGA